GAAGUUGUCUUUGUCCGGCCAGGGCUGCCCUUCCGGUUCCGUUGGGUCCCCCUUUGGCUCAGGUUCCCUGCCCCUCCCCCUUCCCGGAGCCCCGAGGGGCAGGAGCUCCUGGAGGUGCCGGAUCCUGACGGCGGCCUUUCCCCGGGUCUGUCUGCCAAAAUGUCUGAAAGAUCAGAUCUCCUUCACUUCAAGUUUGAAAAUUAUGGAGAUUCAAUGUUACAAAAAAUGAACAAAUUAAGAGAAGAGAAUAAAUUUUGUGAUGUUACAGUUCUCAUAGAUGAUAUUGAGGUCCAGGGGCAUAAAAUUGUGUUUGCUGCAGGUUCCCCCUUCUUAAGGGACCAGUUUUUACUGAAUGAUUCCAGAGAGGUGAAAAUCUCCAUAUUACAGAGUUCUGAAGUGGGGAGACAAUUGCUCUUAUCCUGUUAUAGUGGUGUUUUGGAAUUCCCUGAGAUGGAACUGGUAAAUUAUUUGACUGCUGCGAGUUUUCUUCAGAUGAGCCACAUUGUAGAACGGUGCACACAAGCCUUGUGGAAGUUUAUAAAGCCAAAACAACCAAUGGAUAGUAAAGAGGGAUGUGAACCGCAAAGUGCUUCUCCCCAAUCAAAAGAACAGCAGGGAGAUACCAGAGGUUCUCCAAAGCAGGACUCACCUUGUAUUCACCCAUCUGAAGACAGUAUGGAUAUGGAGGACAGUGAUAUCCAGAUUGUUAAGGUAGAAUCUAUUGGGGAUGUAUCAGAGGUUAGAAGUAAAAAAGAUCAGAACCAGUUUAUUUCUUCUGAACCCACUGCUUUACAUUCAUCAGAGCCCCAGCACUCCCUGAUAAAUUCAACUGUGGAAAACAGAGUAAGUGAACUAGAGCAAAACCAUCUACACAAUUAUGCACUCUCUUAUACAGGCAGUGAUAACAUCAUCAUGACCUCAAAAGAUGUCUUUGGGCCUAAUAUUCGAGGUGUAGACAAAGGCUUACAGUGGCAUCACCAGUGCCCCAAAUGUACUAGGGUAUUUCGUCACCUGGAGAACUAUGCCAACCACUUAAAAAUGCAUAAACUGUUUAUGUGUCUACUCUGCGGCAAGACUUUUACUCAGAAAGGCAACCUUCAUCGACACAUGCGUGUACAUGCUGGAAUUAAACCUUUCCAAUGUAAAAUCUGUGGGAAAACCUUUUCUCAGAAGUGUUCCUUACAGGAUCAUCUUAACCUUCACAGUGGAGAUAAACCCCAUAAGUGUAACUAUUGUGACAUGGUUUUUGCACAUAAGCCAGUGUUGAGGAAACAUCUUAAACAGCUACAUGGCAAAAACAGUUUUGAUAAUGCCAAUGAGAGAAAUGUGCAAGACCUUACAGUGGACUUUGAUUCUUUUGCAUGUACAACAGUCACAGACUCUAAAAGUUGUCAACCACAACCUGAUGCAACACAGGUCCUGGACGCAGGUAAACUGGCCCAAGCGGUCUUGAACUUAAGGAAUGAUAGUAAUUGUGUGAAUUGAGUAGAGACCUAGUGCUCUUAAUUAGAACUGACUGAGAAUGUGGCAAUAGUGUGAAUCUUGUUAGGAGUGAUUUUGAUAGUUUCUUUUCCAAAGCCUCCAUGUAGGUGGUCACACACAGUGGGUGAGAGAAGACACUAUUUAACCAGGCAACUUACCACGUAGAGUGGUUUUUCUCUCUUUUUUGUCCUCUCCCAUUUUCUAUUUUGCAUUAUUUACCCUGUGAUGUCUGGUUCCCAUUCCCAAGGAAGAAUUCCAUUUGUCUACCUGAUACUGCCUUUUGUCUUAGACUGACACUAUUUUUUAUCAGGCACAUUCUUAAGGAACCAACAAAUAACUUCACCUACUUUUGAUUAGUAGAUUGUAGGCUUAGAAAAGUAAAUAUUAUUUUUCUUUAGCAAAACAAAUUAAUAAUAAUAAUGUAGGUUGAGACAUAAGGUGAUACUGCUGUUGACCUAAAUAUGUGAUAGAGUCCUCUGUUUGCCUAUGGAUAAUUCAUCCAUGUCUAUGUGAACAAAUCUGCUUCCUACCAUUUGUACUUUUCUUGGAGCUGGCUAUAAAGUAUGUUGGUUUAUUAUGUACUUUUUAACAUAUUCAUACCCAAAUUUAUUUCAUGGACUUAUUCUCAUCGACCAAAGUACAAUUUUCAUCUACACCUCCAGAAAAUAGGGGCCACCAUGAGGAGCAAAAUCAAUAAUAAAUAAUAGGACAGUAGUAACAUGGACGGUUUUGCAGGUAACAUGACCCAACAACAGGCCAGCUGCUUAUAAUGUAUAACUUAUUGAUGCUUUUAUAAUCAGAAUUCUUUUGGCACAUGUAAAUGAGCAAAAUAAAAAUAAUGUUCUCCAUAGAAAUGAACUAUUUUGGAGACUGUGAACUAAGCAUCAAAGUUGAGUCAUCAGAAAGGUGAGUUUAGCCAUCAAUUUUGUCCAGUGCACAAUAAGUAUCUCUGAAUUUUCCUUUCCUCCUGUAUCUUAAUUUCUGAAAUAGAUGAAAGAAGUUAAAUACAAUGUAGAAAAGCAAUCAGAUUGAUACCCCUCUUAAAGACACACUGUCCCACUUUUGCUACCUUUGAUAGUUGAACUUACAGGAUGUAAAAACAAAACAGUUGCUUUUUUCUAAAGCACUUUUCAGAAAUGCAAUUUUGAGCCUUAGUUUUCUUUUUUGUUUUGUUUUGUUUUUGUUUGUUUUGUUUUGUUUUGUUCUUUUUUCUGGUUUUGGUUUUUCAAGGUAGGGUCUAGCUCUAGCCCAAGCUGACCUGGAACUCAUACUGUAGUCUGAGGCUGGCCUCAAAAUCACAGCUAUCCUCCCUUGACUUCUUUUCCACUAUAUUAUACCUCAGCUUGGAAAUUAUUCAGUGGUGAUGCAUUUAAAAUGCAUUUGAGGAAAAGUUCCCUGUCAGGGUUUCACCUCAGUGUGAUCCUUUUGGCUUUUUGAGAUAGCCUAGGUUUUGUCAACAAAAUAUCACAGAAGCACUUGUGUUAUCUGUUAUAAUUUAUUUUAUUUUGGUUACUUAUACUUGAAAUCCCAGCACUCAGGAGCCUGAGGCGGGAAUAUUACUGUGAGUUCCAGGCCAGCUUGGGCUA